AUUAAGUUACAGAUUUUUAAUUACAUAGAAUACUUGAACUUACUUACAUAAAGAACUUGAUACUUUAGCGUAUCUUGUUACUAUAAAGUUUACGUUUUAUUAUUGAUUUCGUUAAAAAUAAAAAUAAUAAAAUAACACUAACAAAAAUGACGACUAUCGAUGAUUUUAGCAAUAUAAAAAUAAGUACCAGCGAUUUACUCGUUUUUCAAAGAGAAUUAAUACAAGAAAAAGAACUUCUUCAAAAUAUAUUAGCAAAAAUUGAUAAUCAAAUAAGUAGUUUGCAGGUAGAACAACUUCAUUUAUUGGGGUUAGUGAACAAAUCAUUAAAAGGUACAAAUACCAAGUCUCCUCCACAAAGUAUCAAGUAUCAGUCAACAAAUGAUAAUCAACAAGACUUUACAAGCAAAUCGUUAGACUUAGCUGUACCCUCAACCUCCAGGUAUUACGAGGAAGAAAUGGAAGAUGAAGAUGAUUAGAAUAAGAUUUUAAUUUAAGAAAAUUAUAUUACAUUAAAGUAGAAUGAUAAUUUGGUUAAAUUUGAUAAUUUAUUUCCCUUACAAAUAAUGAAACUAAAUAGUGCGUCAAUUUAUUUUAUAAAUAUGUUUCUCAUUAAUAAAUUUCUAAUAUAUUUAUGUUAA